AUGAACUAUCGUCUUAAGGGUGGUAGACUUCCCAACUUGGAUUUCGAAUUAAUGAAACGUUUAUGUGAAGGGUUAUUAUUAAAUAUGUCCGAUAUGGAAGGUGGAUUGCUAAAGAGGAAAAUGACUCGAGAGGCUAAUAGAGCUUUCAUUCUCUUUGGAGAAUUCAUGGAAGAAGUGGAGGAAUUUCGUCAGGCUGUUCGUGAAAAAAAUGUUUCCGAUCUUUAUCACGCUCUUAAACUUCAUCGUCGUUGUCGUAAAGAUGUAGAUCCAACAGUCAAACAAUCAGCAGUUGCCAUAAUAUAUAUGCUAACGAAUUGGUUUCCACAGUUUUCGGAUUGGCAUGAACUAGUGAAAGAAGACGAACAAGGUGAUAUUGAAAAAUUAAUCAAAGAAUUUACGAAUGUAAUUAAGAAACCUAGAAUGCCAUCACUUAGAGGUGUUGCAUUACCACCUCCAUCCUUAUAUUUUGAUCGCGAUGUGACUCGAGUAUUGAAAAUGUUUCGCACAUCACUAACGGAAGGUUUACCUACAACUGAAAUACCAUUACUACUGGAUCAUUAUGGAUCAAAUCAACUACCUAAACCUCCAAAAAAUUCUAUCUUUAGUAUGAUAUUUAAUCAACUAAAAGAUUUUAUGGUAUUAAUAUUAAUAGCCGCAGCAAUUGUUACUGCGGCAUUAGCUGACUUUAAGGAUAUGGGUGUAUUAUUAUUUGUCAUCGUUCUUAAUACUAUAAUCGGAUUUACUCAAGAAUAUAAAGCGACAAAAGCUUUGGAAGCCUUACAAAAACUAUCUGUCCCACAAGCUCAAGUAGUACGUGAUGGUCAACAAAUGGUUAUUGAUUCUUCACAACUUGUUCCAGGUGAUAUAGUUGUUCUUGAAGAAGGUGAUGCAGUUCCUGCUGAUGUACGUAUUGUAGAAAGUUCACAUUUGGAAGUCAUUGAGUCAAUUUUAACUGGAGAAAGUCUUCCGGUCAGCAAAGACACUAAAAAAAUUUGGACAAGGACAAGGCACCUUCCACUAGGUGAAUGCAAGGGAAAUGCAUUCAUGUCAACCACAAUCGCCAGAGGUCGUGGUAAAGGAGUUGUAGUUAGAACUGGGAGUAACACUGAGAUUGGGAAAAUUAGUGCCGCUAUAACUUCAGUUAAACAAGUAAAAACCCCAAUUCAACGUAAAUUGUCAAAAUUGGGGAAAUGGCUUGUUUUACUUGCUUUCGUCUUGUGUAUUCUUGUCGUGAUAAUAGGAAUUGCAUAUAAACAUAAUGUAAUAACAAUGGUUUUUAUUGGUAUAAGUUUGGCUGUCUCGGUUAUUCCAGAAGGUCUAGUAGCUGUUACAACUGUAACAAUGGCUAUCGGUGUACGUCGAAUGGCAAAACGUAGUGCAAUAGUAAGAACUUUACCAGCAGUGGAAACACUUGGAAGUGUUACAAUUAUUUGUUCGGAUAAAACGGGUACUCUUACUGAAGGAAAAAUGGGACCAAUAGAAUUAUGGACAGCAGAUGAAUCAUUAUACACAUUUACUGAGCCAACUUCUAUGGAUCCAAAUGAAGGUGGUAUUUUAUAUCUUUCCUCAAAGUAUCAUCGGAAAACCUUUGAAUCACAUGAAGAUUCAUUACGAAAGUCGGGACCUCAAGAAAUUCCUAAAGAUUCACAAAAUAUGCCAUCACAUUUGAUGACAGCAUUAAUGAUUUCCUGUAUAUGUAACAAUUCAUCUGUUGUUAAAGAAAAUAAUGAAUGGAAAGGGGUUGGAGAUCCAACAGAGGUAGGAUUAUUGCUUGCAGCUCAAAAAGGAGGAUUUUCAAAGAAUUAUUGGGAAAAAGAUUGUGGAUUCACUAAAAUUCAUGAAAAGGCAUUUGAUAGUGAACGUAAACUUAUGAGUGUUGUUUAUGAGAUUAAAGAUUCUACAUCAUUAGGACAUUCAAAGCCAAUAAAACUAGUCCUUGCUAAAGGAGCACCAGAAGAAUUACUUCGAAAAUGUACGCGUCAUUUACCAAAAGUCGCGUCAACAGAACCAAUUUUACCAUUCGAUAUAGUUUUUGGUGAAAAAGAAGAAUGUCAACCAAAGGAAUUAUCUGAUAAAUUUAUUGACAUUGUAUCAGAACAAAGCUCAAGGAUGGCAUCACAAGGGUUACGAAUUCUUGGGUUAGCUUUUAAAAUAAUUUACGAUGAUGAUAAAUCACCAUUAUCUAUAUCUUCUCAUGACUCAGAGAAAAAUUUAGACACUCCAGAUUCUCCAACCAUUAAUCCUUUAUUCGAUGAAACAGAUUUAACAUUUGUUGGUUUAAUUGGAUUAAUUGAUCCACCUAAAAAAGCAGUUAAAGAAUCCAUUCGUAAAUGUAAAGAGGCCGGAAUUCAAGUUAUAAUGAUAACCGGAGAUCAUAUAGCUACAGCCACUGCAAUAGCCAAAGAUAUUGGUAUUAUCGAUCCAGGAGAUCCGAAUACGAAUUUAGCUAUUCUUGGAGCAGAGUUUGAUCUGCUUUCCGAACAAGCCGUAAAAGAUUUGAAACCAUUUCCCAGUGUAUUUGCACGAGUUAGUCCUGAUAACAAACUUAAAAUUGUUCAAGCUUUACAAAACCUUGGAAAUUCAGUAGCCAUGACCGGUGACGGAGUUAAUGAUGCACCAGCAAUUAAAGCUUCAGAUAUAGGAAUUGCUAUGGGAAUAAGUGGCACAGAAAUAACAAAACAAGCAGCAGAUAUUGUUUUAGCGAAUGAUGAUUUUUCAACCAUUGUUAUAGCAGUAGAAGAAGGCAGACAAGUGUUUGACAAUAUUCUUAAAUUUAUUGUCUAUCUAUUAAGUUGUAAUGGAGCAGAAAUAAUAUUAAUGUUUCUAUGUGCGAUUAUUAAUACGGAGUUGCCAUUUACAACUAUUAUGAUUUUAUUCGCAAAUAUAAUUGCUGAUGUACCACCUGCGAUGUCACUUGGUAUAGAACCAGCAGAAGGAGAUAUAAUGAGGCGUAAACCAAGAAAUCCUAAUUCGGGAGUACUUAACGUUUAUACGACAUUAAUUGUAUUAAUGCAAUCAACAGUAAUGGCAUUGGCGACAUUUGGAGUAUACAAAAUUGGUUUAUCUAUAGAAAAUUUAGAUAUAAGCGAUGCGCAAUCUUUGGCAUUUACUACGUUAAUCACUAUGCAAUUGUUCCAAGGGUUCUUAUCUAGAACUUUAAAUGAAAGUUUUUUUAGAACACCUUUAUUAGGAAAUAAGUGGAUGAUUAUAGGAGUUUUUGGAUCAUUUGCUGCGUUAGUUAUUGGUAUAUAUGUUCCAGGAAUAAAUGAUUGGUUUUCGUUAAAACCAGUUCCAGGGUUAGGUUGGGCAAAAAUAGCAAUAUGUCUCAUAAUAUUGGUAGUAUUUAGUGAGAUUGGAAAAGCGUUUGGAAGAAGAAGAAGAGAUAAAUAA